AAUGGUUCAAUAACCGGUACAAGAACCGGUUCCGGUUCAGGUAAACCCGACUCCGCCACUAUUUUAUUAUCUCUUUGUCUUAUAUAGCGUUCACGUCGGCCACCUUCGUUGCGUUGCAUCACACGCACACACACUUCAGUCCAAAACACCAUCGUAACGUUAUCACUAUGUCCAAACAGAUAGCCUUUUUUUUGCUUUACCUUUUACACGACGACGUUUGCUUUCUCUUUUAUCUCCCACCCAACCAGCGAACAAUUAAAACAUCGCUACCAAACACAUUAUUAUCUCCUCCACACAAUGUCGAAGUCUUCUUCAAACCUUGCUUCAUGCGCCGUCGCCACGCUCUUCAUCGUUUUCCUUAUCAUCGCCGCUCUAACUGUUUAUUUAACCGUGUUCAGACCGAGAGAUCCAGAGAUAUCCGUCACUAGAGUUAAGGUCCCGUCAUUUUCCGUUGCGAACGGCUCCGUCAGCUUCACUUAUUCCCAAUUCUCCGCCGUUAGAAACCCUAACCGCGCAGCUUUCUCGCACUAUGACAACGUAAUCCAGCUCUUCUACUACGGAUACCGGAUCGGUUCCACUUUUAUACCCGCUGGUGAGAUCGAAUCGGGUCAAACGAAACACAUGUCUGCUGAUUUCUCAGUACAGUCGUUUCCUUUAGCGGUGGCCUCUGCUUCUCAGAUCUCCGCCGCCGGAUUUCGAAAUCUUGGAUCAGGCGGUUACGGAACCGGGUUAGUGGAGUUGGAUAAGCGGUCCGGGUCAACGGUGGAAAUAGAAUCGAAGCUGGAGAUGGCGGGUCGGGUCCGGGUUCUUGGUUUGUUUACUCACCGAAUCGCGGCAAAAUGUAACUGUAGGAUUGUGAUUUCCACGAGUGAUGGUUCGAUCGUAGCCGUCCGUUGUUGAUAGUUGAUCGUAGCCGUCCGUUUGUUUCAUCAUAAAUUUCGUUUGAAAAAUUUCAUACAUAUUUAAAAACAGUUAAAUUUAGCUAUCUAUGGCCCUGAAUGUUUAGGAAAUUUUUAAAGGUUUUUAGAUUAUAGUAGGUUUUAGUUUUCAAAUUUUAUUUUUAAUUUUAGAUUUUGUAAACGAUUUCAUAUACAACAAAAGCAACAAAGAUAUAAAGAAAUUGAUCCAUGUAUCAAUUGUA